GAUUCUUUAUUAAAAUCAAACAAACAUUUCACAAAAGAACAGGAUGAAAGCAACAAUCUUGUUUAUUACAAUUAUUUUCACAUUCAUGUGGGAGAAUAGUUAUGGAAAAGGUUGUCGUCAACUUGGUGAAAAAUGCGACAAAACUGUUCUCCAUAGAUGUUGUGGUGAUACAGUUUGUCAUUUAUCUUCACCAUUUAAUGGUAAAUGUGUGAAAUGUUUGAAAGAAGGUGAACUUUGUAUGUCGGAUAAAAAUUGCUGCUCACGUAAAUGUAGUUGGAGCAAGUGUACCAAAGAAAAACAUCAUUUUUAAAUUGAUUAUUGUUACAAUCAUUCAUACAGUGGAAUUAAAAAAAAUAAUUUAGGAUGUUCAGUGUUGUUUGAAUGUAACUUUAGUGUGGUGUUUUAGUUAAAUUUUAAUCAAUGAAACUUAUAUUAUGAUUUUGUUUCUCGCACUGUUUUAGAAAAAAAAGUAUAAUCAAUCUCAUUAUUCAAAAUCUUUUCUUUCAUUUGUGUUUAGAAACUUCUGAAAGUUAUUACUGUUUCAUCCUAAAUAAUAAGCAAUCUUGAUCUCAUUUCAAAAUUUACUUCUAAAUUCAAAGCUAAAAGUGGUUUUCAAUUGUCAAUUGAAGAAUUUUUAAAAAAGUUAUUUAAU